GCGGCGAUUUUUGAAAAUACAAUUUWAAAAAUUUCUCAUGCUUCUAGUAAAUAGACUUUUGUCCUGCACGAGCUAAUCCUUUACCAUUCUUGACUAUGUCCACAAUGUCGCAAAAAUCUAGCCUGCGUGCAUCUGAACACGUUUAUAGACAGACCAUUCUCAUAAAGAGUUUGUUCCCUGUGUUUAGUAAACAGUAAUAAUUAGGACCACACAAAGAACAACGUAUUCCCAAGAGGUCAGUACUUAACGCUGAUCAUUCCCUCAUUGUUUUACUACAUUGAAGUAAAGUUUAUCUGGCGUCAUUGGAGAUGGUAAGCGUAUGUACAUCGUACAGUYCGUGUGUUUUGAUAGAAAUUUGGAUAUGUUGACCGUAUGAAAACACAGAAGCGUGCGUAUAAAUCAAGACGAAAAAAAUCCUGUACAUAUCACAUGUAGCGUUUUCAAGAUCUUAAAGUAUUAUCUUGGACAAGAAAAACCUAAGUAAUGCUAAGGUUCAAACAACAAUCUCGGAGAGAUCACGUGGUGAGUCUCUUACCACCCAUCUCCGUCAUCAAGAACAAGGAACCUUCAGUACAAGAAAGAAUCUAUUCCGACGACCCUCCUCCCAUAGCGUACACUGGCAGCUUYCCUGCUAAAGUUCUUCGACAUCUUGACAAAAGCACAUUCUAUUCUACGCCAACAAAAGGUGAAACGUUGCUGGCGAAGAAGACAAUGCAUGACGAAGAGCGAAGAACAGAAGGAAUAAAUGAUGUGAUAAGAACAGAGGAUAAAGACAGCCGCAACGAUCAUGAUAAGAAAAAUAAAGCUAUCAAAAGUAAAAUAAAAAAGAAAGGAAUAGUGAGGAAAGUAGAUGGAAUGAUGAAAGAGGAUGAAGUACGUUGUUCUAGUGCGCCUGGGUUUAGACAAAAAGAGCAACGCCGAGAACUACCGCUAGAAACAGGUAAUCUAACAGCUCCGGUAACACCACGCUUCAACGCGCCCAUAAUCGAUACAAGAAAAAGCGCGCGGAAAACCUCAAGGGUUUACACACCAACACGAUCCACAACUCCAAGGGGAUUCGCUUCUCCGGACUUAGGAAGCGCAGAACAGGAUACAGAGGUAGUGCUUGAGCUACGAGGUGAUAGAAUCGAAGCGGCUUCCCUUGUUAAGGACUUCUGGGUAGACAGUACCCCAACAUCACGUGUCGGCACACCGUGUAGACUUGACUGGCAUGGACGAAUACCAGAACAAGGCGCGAGCAGUACUAGACCAAAAGUAAGAUCAGCUAUAAGAGAAGUUCCGUGCGCACAAAAGAGAAUAGAAAAAAUCCCGAGAACCGCCAAAGUUUGAAAUCCGUGCUGUUGGGUUUUCGUUGCCUUUCCAUGAAAAAAGCGAAUCGAAUUCCACUCCGAGGACGAAGGAAAGGAAGAAUGAUACCAAGGUAAUUAUGAAGGAUAAAGCGAUUAAGAUACCGAGAGCUGAAGGAGAAAGUCUAUCAUUGUCAAGUUUAACCACGGUUACAGAAACAGAAGCAGACGAUACUAGUACUACUAUAGAUAAUAAAGAAAGAAGUCCGAAGGGCGAGACUGAUUCGGCUCAAGAAUCAACACCAAAAGAAAAUAAUAACUCACAAGAGAAUGAACAAACAGAAAGCAAAGAAAAUACAAACGAGGAAUGCAAUACCAAACAAAAAUUAUCGAAUGAAGACGCAGGAAAUGAACCGAACGAAAAUAAGGAAAACGUUGUAAAAUGCAGUGAAAAACUAGAAGAGUCACUAAAGGAACCAGACAAUGAAAAUGGAAAUGAAAUUGAGAAAGAAAAUGGGAAAGAAAAUGGGAAAGAAAAUGGGAAAG